AUGCCGUUCCAGUCCGUGAUUCCUUCUAACAACGAAAUAAUUUCCAAGGCACUGCGAUUUCAGCGACUUACCCCACUUUUUAGCAACACGGUGACCGACAGCACUCUGCCGCCGCAGCGCCUGGGGGCUGCUGCCCCCAAACCGUGUCGUGACACGUUUCCAACCUGGAUCGCCGUGUUCUGUAUUUCUCGGCACUUUAUGCCCCAGGAAGCCAGCGACCGCUUCGCUUGCUCAAACGGGAAAGCGGCGGGGGGGACCGGGACCGGGACCGGGACCACCGCCGGGACCGCUGCCACCGCCCCCCGCGCCCACCUGCCUGCCGUGCGGAAGCCGGAAGCGGCACGGCGCGGUGCGCUGCCCGCCCGGCCCCGCGCGGCCAGGCGGGAAGGUUCCGAGGGCGGCCGGUGGGGCCGCGGGCGGGCGGGCCGGCCCCCUCAGGCCCCCGUUACCCGGCGGGCAGCCGCCCUCUCCCGUCCUUCCCGUCCCGAAUCGCAGUGUCCGCGCGUUGGACCUCGAAUGGUUGGGAACCAGGAAAGGGCAGGGUUUCCACGCCACAGAGGAAGGUGUUGCCAGAGUUUUGGAAGGAGACGUCGUAAAAAAUGGUUGGCACAUGGUGAUAAAUUUGCUGCAUAUGUGACACUGGGAGGCUUUGUGUGUGAAGAAGAAGAGGGAGAUAUGUGAUAGAAAUAAACAGGAGCACCUGUGUGAUGGAAAUGGAAAAAGUAAAAAAAAAAAAAAAAUCAAAGUCAGACAGCGAAUGACUGAUGACAAGAAUUUCUCGCACAGUGCUGAAGGCUUGUCAGGUGGAAGUGACAGGGGAGAAUGAAAAAUGUGAAUGUUUUAAUUACUUGCAGGAUAG